AUGUCCUCCUUCACCCCCCACCCCGCCGACGAGACCGCCAUCGCCACCAUCCGCACCCUCGCCGUCGAUGUCGUCGGCAAGGCUAACUCUGGCCAUCCCGGUGCUCCUAUGGGCAUGGCUCCCGUAGCCCACGUCCUCUUCUCUCGUUUCGUCAAUGCAAACCCCAAAAACUCCAAGUGGUUUAACCGCGAUCGAUUUGUCCUUUCAAACGGUUGCGCUCUCCAAUAUGUGCUUCUCCAUCUCUUGGGCUACAAGCUGUCUAUGGAUGAUCUCAAGGCUUUCCGCCAACUUGAUUCCAAGACCCCUGGACAUCCCGAAGCUGGACACACUGAUGGUAUCGAGGUUACCACCGGUCCCCUCGGUCAAGGUUUCGCUAACGGCGUCGGUUUGGCCAUCGCCCAAGCCCAUCUCGCCGCCGUAUACAACAAGGACGGUUUCGACCUAAUCAACAACUACACCUAUGUAUUCGCCGGAGAUGGCUGCCUUAUGGAGGGUGUCGCCAGCGAGGCCGCUAGCUUGGGAGGACAUCUCCAACUCGGAAACCUCAUCGUCAUAACUGACCGGCUUGAAGAUAUCUCCAUCGAUGGAGACACCGCCGUUGCAUUCACUGAGAACGUCGAGCAGCGCUUCCUCUCCUACGGAUGGCAAGUCCUCCACGUCGACGACGGUGACAGCGACCUGGUUGGCAUUGCCGGCGCUAUUGCUGAGGCCAAAAAAGAAAAGAGCAAGCCCACCAUCAUCCGUCUGAAGACCACCAUCGGUUACGGCUCGAAGCAGCAGGGAACCCACGGCGUCCACGGUGCUCCUCUCAAGGCUGAUGAUAUCGAGGCUUUGAAGUCUAAAUUCGGAUUCGCCCCUGACCAGAAAUUCCAGGUUCCCCAGGCCACCUACGACCUCUAUGCAGAGUUCGGAAAGCGCGGUGCCGCUCUCGAGGCUGAGUGGAACUCGCUUCUCCAAUCCUACGGCCAAAAAUACCCCAAAGAGCACGCCGAACUCACCCGCCGCAUCGCUGGAGAGCUCCCCGCUGGCUGGGAACAGACUCUGCCUGUUUACAAGCCCACUGAUGCUGCCCAGGCGUCCCGCAAGCUCUCUGAGAUUACCCUCACUGCCAUUAUUCCCAGCCUUCCUGAGCUCAUGGGUGGAUCCGCUGAUUUGACUGGAAGCAACUUGACCAAGGUCAAGAACUCUGUUGACUUCCAACCCCCCAGCACCGGCCUUGGCACAUACGCUGGUACAUAUAUCCGCUAUGGUGUCCGUGAGCACGCUAUGGGAGCCAUCGCCAAUGGACUGCACGCCUAUGGUGGCAUUAUUCCUUUCGUUGCAACUUUCUUGAACUUCGUGUCUUAUGCUUCCGGAGCUGUCAGACUGUCCGCUUUGUCUGGCCACCAGGUCAUCUGGGUUGCUACCCACGAUUCCAUUGGUCUUGGUGAGGAUGGUCCUACUCAUCAACCUGUUGAGACUGCCAUUGGUCUCCGUGCUACCCCCAACGUGGCCUUCUGGCGCCCUGCCGACGGAAACGAGACCUCCGCCGCAUACCUCGUCGCUCUCAAGUCCAAGUCUACCCCCUCCAUCCUCUCCCUCUCUCGCCAGAACCUGCCCAACCUUGAAGGUUCAACAAUCGAGAAGGCCACCCGUGGUGGAUACGUUCUCCAUGACGAGGAGAAGGAGGACCUCACUAUUGUCAGCACUGGAAGCGAGGUCAGCAUCGCCGUUGAGGCUGCUGCCAAGCUCAAGGAGCAGGGCAUCAAGACCCGUGUUGUCAGCUUGCCCUGCUGGUUGACAUUCGACCAGCAACCCGAGGAGUACCGAUUGAGCGUGCUGAGGAGCGGUGCCCCCAUUUUGUCUCUCGAGGCACUUUCCACCGCUGGAUGGGCGAAAUACAGCCACGAGCAAUUUGGUCUCCCUGCCUGGGGUGCUUCCGGUCCUUAUCAGAAGGUGUAUGAGAAGUUCGGCAUCACUGGAUCAAAUAUUGCUGCUGUCGGCAAAAAGGUCGUCGACUUCUACAAGCAAAAGGGCGGAGAGGUUGUUUCUCCCCUUGUCAAGGCCAUCCACCUGUAA